AUGUCCCAUCUACGCGCCCUUCUUCCUCCCGCGUGCACUCUCGCCAUUCUACACGCUCAAGAUCUCCAUAUCAGCAUUCGGCAUCAUUUCAUACACGCGCGAAGCACUUCCUCCAGUCGUGCUACACGUGAUGAGCCAGAUUCAUACAGAAAUAAGCGCAAGGCCAAGACAGUUCAAAAGGACCCCACGAAGCUCGGCUUUUACCCACCUGCCUGGCAAGCAUUUUUGCAGGCAGCGAAGUUAGAAAUGCAUCUGCAGGCUGUUCUAAUGCAUCCCAUUCCAGAUCAUCGAGAGGCGCUACAACUUGCGCAAAAAGUUCUUGACGCUGAAUUGUGGAUGUACCACGAAAAAAAGAUCAAAUUGGACAACAGCUAUUUCCCGCAGUACACGACACAAAUGUCGUGGCUGCUCUGUGAUGAUCUAUUUAUGUUUCGCACAGAGCUGAAGAAAGUUGUUAUCUCCGUCGCGAAAGCAUCAUACGAUAUUGUCCCGAAGGGCACCAUGGCGCGCAAGGAUGAGGUACAGAAAUGUGUCAUUGCGAAGGCCACCAAGUUACUCAAGACCGGUGAUUAUCUUUGUGUUCCUGAUUUAUCUAAUGGCAAAUGGAAGAAUUUUGUCUCGCAAGCUCUCAGGGAUGGCUGCCUCGAAUUCUACUACGGUAAUAGCAAGAAAGCCCUCAAGAACACAUCUGAAUUUCGACGUGCAAUACCUGUCAAUGGGCUGCUUCUUGUGGGCGCCGUGAUGAAGGGUGUCCUCACUGGGGCUGAUUUCAACUCGCUGCAGAGGUCUACAGAUGCACUUCUAGAAAAUCCUGACUGUCGUGCGGAGCUUGAGGAGAUGUUGGAGCAGUGGGCUAUGAUUGGGGCGGGUGACCUUGAUUUUGACGAGGGCGGUACGGGAGGCAGUGAUAUGGAGGAUGUCAACAUCAUCUUAUAA